AAGAAGAAGAAGGAGAAGAGAAGAAGAAGAAGAACCGACAGAGCGCAACUCUUUAGCAAAUCCGCUGUAGUCACAGGAUGGCUGAAGAGCAACAUCACAGCGGCUUUGAUCGGAAAAUGCCGCCGAGGAACAAUGACAAAUGAUGGCAAGAGGCAAUGGGGUCCUCUGGCUAUCGCAACAUUGGCAGUUCCAUCCCUGACUAUAACGUGUCCUGAGCAACACUGCUAACCCCGAAUUGCUCCCUGGGCCAACACAAGGCAGAAUUAAGCUUCAUGCUCGGGAGAUAAAGCCUCCUGCAGGAGGAAGAGUGCGUUGUAUAAGCCUGGCAGUGACGCACAAGUGAUGGGUCCGAGAAAGAAGGCCUCUAAACUCCAGCCUGUAGUGGGCAGCUGUGGAGGGGAAGUGCUCCUGAGACCCAGUGAGCCCAAAGACUACAUCAACGAGCUGUCCCAUGAAGUCCUCUGUCACAUAUUCAGGUACCUUCCCAUGAAGGACAUCAUGUGUAUGGAGUGUCUGUCCAGAAAGCUUCGGGAAGCUGUGACUCUGUACCUGCGAGUGGUCAAGGUGGUGGAUCUGUGUGCUGGUCGCUGGUGGGAGUAUAUGCCUUCAGGCUUUACAGACAGCAGCUUUCUGCUCCUUUUGAAGAAAAUGCCAGAUUUGGAGCAGCUAUACGGCCUCCACCCUCGAUACCUGGAGAGGAGACGGGUCCGAGGCUACGAGGCCUUCAGUAUACCUGGAGUUCUGGAGGCCCUACAAGCCUGUCCCAGUAUACUGGGGGUGGAGACCUCCCAUCUGGAGCUGGUGGAAGCCAUAUGGAACUACAUGCCCCAGGUUCAUAUAUUGGGAAAGUUCCGUAACCGCAAUGGAGCUUUUCCAAUUCCUGCGGAGAACAAACUGACGAUCCCUAUAACUGCAAAGAUCCAGACGUUGCAUCUAGUGGGUGUCAACGUCCCAGAGAUCCCCUGUGUGUCCAUGCUUCGCCACCUUUAUCUGAAAUGGGUCCGUCUCACCAAACCACAGCCGUUUAAGGACUUUCUGUGUGUGAGCCUGAGAACUUUUGUCAUGCGGAACUGUGCAGGACCAACCAACUCCCUCAAAUACGUUCCCCUGGUUACGGGGUUAGCAUCGGCCCGCAACCUGGAGCAGCUGGAGUUGGUGAGAGUUCCCUUCCUGGGAGGGCUGAUUCAACACGUGGUGGAGGACAGUUGGAGGUCAGGAGGAUUUCGGAACCUACACACCAUUGUGUUUGGCGCCUGUAAGAACGCUCUGGAAGUGGACUUGGGCUACCUCAUCAUCACUGCUGCUCGCAGGCUUCAUGAGCUACGCAUCCAACCCUCGCUGACUAAAGAUGGAGUCUUCUCCGCUCUCAAAAUGGCUGAACUAGAAUUUCCUCAGUUUGAGACGCUUCAUCUGGGAUACGUGGACGAGUUCCUGCUGCAAUGUAAGCUGAGCCAUUCGGAGCUGGUGAAGUACGGCCUGGCUGAUGUCAUUGAGAAUCCUGGCAUCAUCACAGAUAUCGGCAUAAAGGUGGUGAAUGAGGUGUUCACGAAUAUUAAAUACCUGCUCAUCUACAACUGUCCUCACUUGCAUAACCCCCACCACUGGAUCACAGACCAUUCCAGAUGGAGUCGCCUCGUGGAUCUCACUCUGGUUCGCUGCCAUGCAAUCAAACUGGAAUCCUUCUCCCAGUUCAUAGAGUCGCUGCCCAGUCUGGAGUUUAUCUGUCUGGACCAGAUGUUUAGAGAACCACCAAAGGGCUGUGCCAGGGUGGGCCUGAGUGCAGGAACCGGUAUUGGUGUGUCCUCUGCACUAGUCAGCAACCAAAACUCCAACAAUGACAAUGACAACAAUAACAACAACCACCACCACCACAACAAUGAGGCCAACCUGCCUCCUCCUCCUCCACCUGUUGUCAACAACAUCAACAACCAAAGACGGCAGCAGCAGCAGAACGAUGCACCAGUGGAGCUGAAUGGGUUGGAUGAUGGCGAGGAAGAAGUGAUAUUGGAGCAGGACAACAGGGAGGCUGGGCCUCAGUUGGAGAUGAAAGGAGCAGAAGAAGAGGCGAGAGCCGACGUCGCUCCAGGGCCGAGUCGUCCAGCUGGAGCAUCACAGCCUCCUGAUGAGGAGCAAGCAGGUCCCAGCGGUUUAGUCCAGCAGUGCAGAAAAGCUGAUGCCACAGUUCCAAAGCCCCCAAUGGUCAUCUCUGAUUCAGACAGUGAGGAAGAGGAAGGCCUUGUUUCAAGGCUAAUGCCAGCUUCCUGUUCGCAGCAGCCAGCUUCCUCUACAGAAGGUAAAGGAAAGACUCCUUUGAGGCGGGCCGGCAAUGUGUCUGUGGCGGUCUCUGUAGAUCAGACAAAGACCCGGGUGUUGGAAAGCAGCUGUGAGAAGAGCUGUCAGGUGACCAGUGAACAGAUCAAGGCCGACAUGAAGGCUGCGGCUGAGAACGGUAGUAGGACUAGCGUUAAAGGAUUUGCUACCGAGGCUGCGGAAGCGGCUACGAGACCCGGCACUGACGGUGUGCCGGUACGAGGCACGGGCAGCGCUGGCAUAGCAGCAAGGACCGGGGGGAGGGCCAGUAGCGGGAUCCAUGGGCAGGGUUGGACCUGGGAGCAACCCGGGCAGGUGGGUGGAUGUGGGAAGGCUGGGGAUGGGGAGCACCACACAACUACCACCGCUGAUCGAGCGACUGGAAGCAGGACUAAUGACUGCACAGAGGGCCCCUCUGGUCAGUCUGGGGCCAGUUGCAUGAGGGGGACUAGGUUGGAGCAGAGCUGUGGUCCUGCCUCGCCCUGCCCUGCGGACAGGUUGGAGUCUCGAGGUGCUGCUGUAAACCAGUCUCCUAGGAGAGCAGCUCAGCUGAAUGGACAAGGAGAAGGUCAACACGCCCGCCCCGGAUCGCAUUCCGCCACCUUUUCAGGCUCACAACAGGGUCAGACCAGAGACGAGGACUUUGUUCCUAGACGGCCUUUGACCCGAUCCUGCACUCGUAUGUCAUCUGUGUCCCUGGUGUCGGAGACGGAUCUCUCCAGAGCAAAGCCUCGGGUAGCAGUGAAGAGGAAACGAAUGGCUGACAAAUCUACGAGCACCUCAGACCCAGUCACUGAGGACGACCACGUGCAGAUUUUGUCUCUGAAGAGUAAGAACCUGGUGGGCAUCACUCUGACCAACUGUGGGAUCACUGACCUGGUCCUCAAAGACUGCCCCAAGAUGAUGUUCAUUCAUGCCACGAGAUGUCGAGUGUUAAAACAGCUGCGGGUAGAAAGUGCACCCAUAGUGAACAGGUUUGAUUAUGCUCAGUGUAAGAAGUUGGACAUGGAACAGGUCCUGGAUCAGAUAUUGAGAAUGCCUCCUGAGAGGAACCGCAUCAUUUACAUGCGUCCGAUGCACCAGAUCGACUCUGUAGCAUUGGAGCGUCAGCUCUUCCAGGGGCCCUAUCCCUAUCACAUUGCUAUCGUGCACGAGUUCAGCAACCCUCCCAACAUACGCAACAAGGUUCGCAUUCGCAGCUGGAUGGACACGAUAGCCAACAUCAGCCAAGAGUUGAUCAAGUACGAGUUCUUCCCAGAGGCCACCCGGACAGAAGAGGAUGUGAAGAAGUAUCCAACAUACCCCUGGGGUCGAGACAUCUAUACAUUAGAGGGACUGGUGGAUGGCGCUCCCUACAGCAUGAUAACCGACUUCCCCUGGCUGAGGACUCUGAGAGCAGCCGAUCCCAACAGCUACGCCCGCUACGACUUUGAGGACGAUGAAAGCACCACCAUCUACGCACCCAGGCGUAAAGGCCAGCUGUCGGCUGACAUCUGCAUGGAGACCAUCGGGGAGGAGAUUUCCGAGCGCCGACAAAGCAAAAGAGGAGUGUUUCAGAGGGUGGUGGUACUCUUCCUCCAUCACUGUGAUACACCAGGAGAACCUGUGGAUGAUGACUACAUCUAGACGUCCCGACUGACAAACGUUCGUUUGAAAAAAGACCGCGAUGUAGAGUCCACUUGGAUGAGGUGCGCAUCAUAUAUCUGAUGCAGAUGUUCUCCAUGUUUGAGCAAAAUCUUAAAGCCUUUAUGUGCCAAAUAAUAUAUCUCAAAUAUAGUCCUGUUUUGCCAGUAUUGACAUCACAACCCCAGGCGUGUGCCCAGCUGCUUCCCUUGUCAUACAGAGAAGGGUUAUGCCCCGUUGGAUCUUUCAAGCCGUCCACGCCAAAGUCUGCCUACCUCUUCACCACACAUGUGAUCAAUCACAGACAGAAAUGGCCUUAGACAGAAAUGUCAAAGAUAUGCUUUUUAAUUUCAGUUUUAAGUUAGUUUUCUUUCUCUUCAACGUGCGGAAGAGUCGGUGGCACUUUCAUUUUGUUGCAUUUUGCCACAAGCAAUAGAUGGCGAGGUUGUGAGGAGCUGAGGAAGUGGAGCGGCUGAUUAACUUGAUCUAGUACUGAGUAGUCAUCCUCUCUGCAUGACCCGCCUGUUGGGUAUAGAGUGAGCGCCCCGCUGCCAGGGAAACUGCUGGAUGCAUCAUCUAGUUUGUGUUGCUCAUCCAGCCUGACGAGUCCCCACACUUCCAUGCAAACCUCCCAUAGGGUGAUGGAGAGAGGCUGUAGUUACAGCAGCCUAUGCAGCAUUGUUGGACCGGCUUCUUCUGUUGCAGUUGAGACCUUCCCAUUGACUUCACACAUUGAAUACCCCCCCGUGUCUAACUAUAAACAUGUAAGAUCACUUAAAGGUGUGGCCCAACACAUGAAUACAAUUUUUGAGUUCUGCAAUAUGUCUGACUUUUGAUGAUGGGUGGGAAUUAUGAGAAUAAAGGUAGAAUUGUGUCUGUUAAUAUUUAAACAUUUUUCAUUGAACUUUGAACUCAAUUCGCUACGUUGUGCAUUUUAUUAUUUCUUUUUCCCAUCGGCCUACAGGCAUUGCAAAAGCAGGAUGGGUCAAUAAUGUCAUAUCUGUAUUCCUACAGUAUGUAUAACUAGGACACAUCUUUGAACAAGUCUCAUCUAAAAUUUACAAACACACCUAAAACAUCAAAAAAAAAAGUCAUUUUCAGAAUUUAUUUUCAUUGCUACAGGUUUUGUUUUUCCCCUCAAUGAUUUCAUUGGUCAUGUCUAUGGACAGCUCUGUCCUGAAGGACUGUAAUGCAGUGGACUGUCCAGGUUCAGGAUGUAUCAGGUAUUCCCUAAAUAUGUUUAUGGGUUCAAAAAGAUGAGAAACUGACUGUGAAUGUUCCCUAUGAAAGGAGCUGGAUAUUCUUUUUGCAGGUUGAGUGGACUGAGUAGGACCUGACUUCAGCCUUCUGUUUGUGUACAGAUGUCAUGGAGGACAACGUGCUUCCAUGGUGUUUAUAUGUUUAUAAUGAAAGAAGACUAUUUCACAUUGAAAAAUAAAAAAAACAAAAUGGA